CUGAUGGGAAUUAAACCAUCGCUCCUCCGACUCCUCCUCCCUCGCUCGCACCGGUCACGCUGUCACCAGUCGCCGGCUCCCGAGCCCCGACAGAGAAGCCUGUUAAAAUGAAGAUCUGGGCGUCAGAGCACAUUUUCAACCACCCAUGGGAGACGGUGACUCAGGCGGCGAUGCAGAAGUACCCCAACCCCAUGAACCCUGGUGUGUUUGGCGUGGAUGUUCUGGACAGACGUGUGGACACAGACGGACGGUUACACAGCACCAGACUGCUCAGCACAGAGUGGGGGCUCCCUGCCAUGGCCAAGUCUAUGAUUGGGGCAACGAGGUCAUGCACGUAUGUUCAGGAGCAUUCUGUUGUGGACCCCAAAGAGAAGACCUUCGAGCUGCAAUCUACAAACAUCUCCUUCACUAACCUGGUAUCUGUGGAUGAGAAGUUGACGUACAAGCCACAUCCGCAGGAUCCUGAAAAAACGGUGCUGACACAGGAGGCUCUGAUAAGUGUGAAAGGCAUCAGUCUGAGCAGCUACCUCGAGGGUCUCAUGGCCAAGACCAUCUCUGUCAACGCUGGCAAGGGUCGGGAGGCGAUGGAGUGGGUCAUCAGACGACUAAACACUGAAAUCGAAGAGUUGGCGGCGACGGCUCGUGGUACGAUGCGUGUUCCCAUGGCAGCAGCCGUUGCAAACAAAUGAUCCUGGGCCUGCCCCGCUGCUUCCUCCUGCAUCAUGAACCGAUGGUCUUCUCGAACCUUUGCCCCUUAAAGGGGUCCUCAUCUGCCAGCACAGCCUAGUAACCACAGCCCCGUCCCUUGGUAUGUUUGUCUUAGUACGUCACAAGAAGUCGCUGUUCGUCCUUCCUCGGCAGGCUGCGCAGACGAGUUCGAUACUCGUCUCUGUGGGCAGUGAAGGAAAGUAUUGAGUCGAGGACAGAUAAAAAAACAGAGCAAACAAACACAGGGUUCAAUUGAACUGCACUUGAAGCUCAUAGGAUUUAGACCUGUGAAGUUAAAGCUCUUUUUUUUAAAUUCACGUGUGCCUCCGCAUCAUUCAUAACUUAUGCGUAACUUUUCUAAUCUUUCUCCGCCCCCUCAUCUGGGUAUGUCUUCUUAAAUCUCUUUUAAUUCUUUCCAAGCCUUUGUGAACAAGCUGAGCCCUGCUAGCAGCUGAAAUGAAGUCGCUUCACCCUCCAGCAGAACUGGCCAAAAUAUGUCACUUCCAAAUCCUCACCAGUCCAGACAGGCUGUUAUCCUCUUAGACUGUUGGUAAUAAAACUGCACAUUUGUCUUUUCCUCUCCUUGGAAAUUUUUUUGGGGAAUUCUCGGAUUGCAGUGUUUCGGUCAUGACUCGACUGUCAAACAUCUGUCAAGCUGUUGUGUGAACAGUUUGUUUCUCCUGCAAAGAGAGAUGCAGCUCAGUGCCAGAUCUGAGUACAGGCUAAGUGGCCAGACAGUAACACCAGUUUGCAGGUAUUGCAUCGUGUUGGGGAAACAAUGGUACCUCUCUUGUCUGGGUCUGGUACAAGCAGCACAACUUGGCCUCCAGGUAGAAGUCGGAGAGACUGUGGCUACAUCCACUGUACGACGUUUUCUUUUGAAAAUGUAUCAACUCUGCCACGUAAACACCUGGCAUCCGCAUUGCCCUGUUUGAGUUUGAAAACCCAGAGGCUGUGUUUUAGUCUGGACAGGUUUCUAACAGUGGUUGUGUAGUUAAAUUCUGAUCUUCACAAUGAUACAACUGAUUACAUUCGUAGAAGAGCUAUUACUCAAGCAACAUGCCCAGUGCACGUGAAUGGUCAUAUGGGUUUUCCGGUGUGUUGGUUUGGACGGGGAUUUAAACACUCGUUUGAAAACAGCAUAAUAGUUGUUGAUGUAGACAGUAUACUGAAGGUCCAAGCUCUGCUGCAGGGGGGCGGUGCUGAUCAAGAUGUUGAACAGCAAACAAUGACGGCUUCUAUUUCUAUUUGUCGAAGGCGUCAAAGCAUUUAAACAAAAUGGGAGAUGGAGCUUUAGCGAAAUCAACCCUUUGUACCGUUAACAAACACUUGCGUGUUUUGUCUGUUUGUUACAGUAUGUGAACAAGCUUGAAUGUUUAACUUAUAUUCAGCAUGUGUACUCGAGCGUGGGCGGGAAGUUUCUUGAAAAGUGCAGAGUUGUGUCCAGGGUGUUGUGAACGCUCACCAGUGUUGUCAGAGGACCACUACAGGGUUAUGUUCAGGAUCAUGGAGUGUGCCAAGAUGGAAAUCAUUUUCAGAACCUCUGUAAAGGUUCACUUAGGAUAUCAGUCAUAAACAAGCUCUUAAUAGAUGGUGAUGUUUAUUGUAUAUUUCUAUUGGUGAAUAUUGACACAGGCUGUCCGAUUUAUUUAUUUAAAAAAAAUUGUAUCUGCAAUUUUUACACUUAAUUUCCCAGGUACAUCCCUGUAGGACACUCAUACAGAUGCUAAGCGAUGAUGGUUCAGUUUACUACUACAUCUGUUUUACCCUGUACCCUCUUUCAAUGGAGCUCCACACAAUCUCAAGUCUUCCCACGUGGCUCCACAGCUCGGCUCUUGCUCGACCAUCAAGCUGUCGAGCAAGUUUAUAACUGCGGCUUUAUCAUUAAACUUGAAUCCCAUCAAGCACUGUCCUGCCCUGGAUCCUUCUGCCUGACGCCUGGUCCACUUCCUAACGCAGCCCUCAUCCAGGCAGUAUCCACACGCAGCAUCUCCUUUCAUGAGUGAACUGUGAUGAUUUUUCUAUGGGGAACAUUUUAAGUACAAGUGGCUGUAAAUAGGCUUAUAUUUAUAUUCUGGUAGUGUUACAUUCUGAGAAUGGAAACAUGUAACACAAUCUGAAGAGUGCACACUGAAGUGUUUAAAAAAUAAAGAGAUGUCAUUGUUUCAUGAAAA